AUGACGGGACCAGGAGCUGCCGCGUGGCUGUGGCUGGCGCUGGCCGCGGGCGCAGCCGCCGCCGCCGCGCGCCGCUCGCUCGCCUACUGGGGCGGGCUGGGCGCCGGCCGGCCCUCGCAGCCCAUCUGCGUCGACAUCCCGCGCAACAUGAGCCUCUGCCACGGCAUCGGCUACCUCAAGAUGCGGCUGCCCAACCUGCUGGAGCACGACACCAUGGCCGAGGUGUCGCAGCAGGCGGCGUCCUGGCUCCCUCUGCUCAACGUGCGCUGCCACCCCGACACGCAGCUCUUCCUCUGCUCACUGUUCAGCCCCGUGUGCCUCGACCGCGCCAUCUACCCGUGCCGGUCGCUCUGCGACAAGGUGCGCGUCGGCUGCGAGGCGCGCAUGAACACCUACGGCUUCCCGUGGCCCGACAUGUUCCGCUGUGACAGGUUCCCCGUGGAUAACGACAUGUGCAUCACGCCGCAGGCGCGCGACGACGCCGCCGCCGAUAGUGGCUGCAUAGUGUGCAAUCAAGUUGAAACAUACGAAAACAUACUGGACAACUUUUGCAGAGCAGAUUUUGCUGUGCGGACGAAGAUUCGGAGGCUACGCAAGACUAAGCUGAUAUGCAAGAAGGCCAAGAUCCUGAAGGGCCCGAACGAGCUGAGCAAGCAGCUGCGGCGGCCCGUGCUCCUGCUGCAGGCGGCAGAGUCGUGCUGCGAGGAGAAGGCGCGCAACACGCGCGACGCCUUCCUCAUCAUGGGCCACAGCCGCGACAAGAAGCUCGUGCCCUCCUUCAUCAUGCCCUGGGAGAAGCGCUCCAGGCCACUGAAAACAGCUGUCAGGAUGUUCAAGAAGCUGAACUGCUCUGACCCAAAAUUUUUGACUGGUAUUGGAGAUAAUUUUGUGAACACAAGCAUUGUUACACCUGUACCGAAAAAGAAAAAGCUUCGUCAGUCACGCACCAAUCCACAUUAAAUAGUGCUGAGCGCAUGUGGAAUGUUGCCAUUUCAAGGAACAUUUUUCUGAACACUUUUUAACAGAUGAAUUUUGAUUUCUCUACUUAAAAUAGAAUUUAUAAAUAUUACAUGGAAUAUUAUGUGACUAGGAUUGUAAAUACAUAAUAUGUCUGUGAUAUGUUAAACUGAAGAGUCUUAAUUGAUUUAACAUGUGGAGAAGCGAUUUGUGUAGCUACAAUACAUUUUAUAUGAAAAAUGGAUGAGAAAGCCAAAGCAUGAUGCUCUGAAGUGGUGAAAAAUGCUGAUAUAUGAAACUGGUAAUGUUUCAUCUCUAUCUGACAGCUGUUGUUUAUAGUUUUACAAAUUCUUACAUAUGCUGUAAUGAAUAGACAUUACCACUUGUCUUACUUGUGUGCAUCCCAAUCUUAAAUAUAAUCAACACUUAAUAUUUAUACCUUCAUGAAAAGGCUUUUCAUGCUAUUGUGACCAAGCUGUUCAUAGAAACAAAGGAAAAUGUAUGUAGAUUUAAUAAAAUUUUAUCUAAUUGCUGUAUAUUGAAUAAAAUG